AUGUCAAGGAUCUUGCUCCUUCUGACGGUUGUAUUGGCUGUGUUCCUGAACACAGCCGCCGCCUCGAGAUUGAAAUAUCGAAGGCGAGCAGGUGGAGGAACCAGGGGUGAAAAGGGAAUCAAGCCAAUCAACAGACGUGCUACUCACCGUUCACCAAGACACCUAAUGGGGCAUUACUACGCUCAUGACCAGUUUCAACAUGGCUACCAACCGCCUGUAACCAGCAGCAAGAGCAAGGGUAAGGGCGGUGGCAGUAAGGGGAGGAAAGGAACCCCACCCCAGAACCGUCCUCAGAUGAAAAGCCGUCCCAUGUGCCGACCUGUUGUGGAAGGCGCAGAAUUCAUUGUGGAAGGAGCCAUCACAAUGACAAUGGCCAACAUGACUGAGGAUAGCACUGUUAUCGGAUCCGAAUUCAUCUACAACGGGCCACUUCUGGAGUUCAACGAUCGAGACGAGCUGACGGAGUUGGAAAACUUCUUCCUCUCUGGAUCAUGCAUGAGAACACAGGAACGAGAUGACGAGAUGCCAGGUGCUGGUCACUGUGCAUUUACAGUCACCCUGGACACCGGAGCAACCAUGAACUUCGGAGGUGAGGCUUUUGAUGGUUGGGACAACCUCAUGGCAAUCAAUGGUGGUUCACAGGAGCUCAUUGGGCUGAGCGGGACAGUGACAUUAAUCGGCCUCAAUGACGACUUCGAAGACACAAGUGAUGAUUUCUUCUCGGUGCCAUGGAUCUAUGGCGAGGCAGUUCUCGUGUAUUCGAUCUGCCCACAGGGCUAUUGGGACCGAUAUUACAUAGAUGACCAUGAUGCACUGCCACCUCCUUCGAUUCCAGAUCCCUUCCAACGAAAUGUCCAAGAACAACAACAAGAAAUACUUGCAGUGGUCGUCGAGCCAGUUGAUGACGACGACGAUUAUGGCUAUGACUAUUAG